AUGCCAAAUAGAUCAAAAUUCUUUAAUCCAGAGACUGCUCCAUAUUAUGAUCCAAAAAUUGAUAGAAGAGUUGUAUUAAUCACUGGUGGUAAUACUGGUAUUGGUUGGUAUACAGUAUUACAUUUAUAUUUACAUGGUUAUAUCAUUUAUAUGGCUGGUAGAACUGAAUCAAAAGUUUUAAAAGCAUUUGAAGAUAUUAAAAAAGAAGCUGAAUUAAGAAAUUCUAAAAAAUUAGAAAAAGAUCCGGAAUUUAAACAACAUCCAUAUGGAGAAUUACAUCAUAUUUAUAUUGAUUUAUUAGAUUUAUCAACUAUUCCAAAAGCUGUAAAAAAUUUUGGUAGUAAAGAAAAUAAAUUAGAUAUUUUAAUUGGUAAUGCAGGUAUUAUGGGUGUACCAUAUAAAAUUACAAAAGAUGAUUAUGAAAUUCAAUAUCAAGUUAAUUUUGUUUCUCAUUUUUUAUUAAUUUUAAAUAUUUUACCAUAUUUAAGAAAAGAAUCUACAACUGGAGUAAUUCCAAGAAUAGUAUUAUUAUCAUCAAUUGGUCAUAAUUUUGCUUCCUAUAAACAUUUUAAACCAGAACAAAAUAAAUUAAAUUGUUUCCCAAAUUCAAUUUAUACUUGGGUAAGAUAUGGUAUUGCAAAAACUUCAGAAAUUCAAAUUAUAAAACAACUCAAGAUAAAAGAACCUGAAAUUUUAUCAAUUGCAAUUCAUCCAGGUAUUAUAUUAGGUACUGAAUUAUAUAAUCAUUGGAGAGAAAUUCCAAUUAUAAAAUAUGGAGCAAAUGCAUUUUUUGCAAUUAGUGAUAAAUUAAUUGGUGUAAGUAAUGAAGAAGGUUCAUUAGCUACUUUAAAAGCAUGUAUGGAUCCUGAAUUAACUAUCAAGAAAGAUUCUGGUGAAUAUUUUGUAACUGGUGGAAUUGUUGAUAAACCAAGUAAAAAUGCAAGUAAUUUAAAAUAUGGUGAAGAAACUUGGGAUUGGAAUUUAAAAGAAUUACAAAAAAGAGGAUUUGAAGUUUAA